GUUGGUUCGUUGAAACCUGCUCAUCAUCUCUGCUUGUUUCAAGUGUGACAGCGUCGAGAGCAAAUACUUCACAUUGAACUCUUCAGCGUUCACUCUCUGUCAUAGAGUGCCGGCUCAUCAGCAGAGAACAUCUAUGACGAAUUAUCAACGGAAUGGAAGAUGCUAGCAACGUAUGGCUGAACGAAGACAUGAUAAUCUCGUCCACCUGCAAGAUUGAGUGCUACAGAAUCGAGAAAUAACGUGGAUAACAAGCCCGAUAAUUGUCCCACCGUUCUUUCCUCGACUCGGAAGAAACUCCGAUUCCUAACAUGUGGAUCGAAAAGAAUUACGAUGCUUUGUCUUUAUGGGGAUCUGCGACUUUCUUGUCAAGAGCUGAGGGUCACCAUUUAAUUGAUUCUUUUGACAAGUCAUUGGCAUGCGCAUCACCGAUUAUGUUUUUGACUGGAACACAUAUGGCCAAAGUCAGUGAAGAAAUGAUAGAGAAGCAGAAUAAAUUUCUGUCUGAGAAGUUUUUGGUCAGGAAUUUAUGGAGCACAUCUACCGACCAAGCCAGCAGCCUGAUGAUUGGUUUUUCCGUGUUGAAAACUCGGUGUCCGAUCCAGAAUCUCCAAACGAAGAUCCGGGUGUAGUUGCAGUGAAACAAGUCAUUGGAAAGGUGACAAAUUCUGUGUCAUUUAAAAUUUUGAUACCAGCGACUUGGGCGGUGCUGGAGAAAAUCUGCGAUGGUCUAGAAGAGAAGAUGGGCAGUGCCUUGUCUAGUGUCAAUGUUAUCUUGGCUUUGGCCAAUCGAUUGUGUCGUAUCUCUGAAGAGAAAGAAGUGCGUGCGGCUCUGGUGUAUUUGGAUGACGCCGGAUCAGUAAUAUUCCCUCAGAAGAGUGAAAAAUUGAAGGAUACGGUCGUCACCAAACCGAAUUGGUAUUGGACUCGAGCAAAGACAACAGCAAAUCGUUAGCUGGGAGCUGAUGAAGGAUUGAAAGGCAUUAGACAUGUGGACUAACCAACUUGGUUGCAAAGCCAGUUGCCAAUUACUGAUAAAGACCAUAUGUGACAUUGGUUGCAGACUAUAAGCGGAAGAAGUUUUUGGUUACCAGUUGGUAGAAUAUGUUUCCUUGCUGUAAAAAGGUAUUGUUGUACUUUGUACGUUUUGUACAUUUAUUUUGAUAUACCACAUUUUAGUUAGCAUUUGCUGUUUCUAUCAUUGGAACAGCUUUGCACUAUUUUGUCCGGUAGAUUUGGUUGACUCAGUUGACAGUGUAUUGCUAAUGAGUUACAGUCAAGGACAAAGCAGUUAUGCUUCUUAUUUAAUUUGUAUUUGUAUGUGUAGUAGACAUUUAGCCCAAUAGGUUUUAGUACAGGAUGGAGCACACUUUGUAAUGCAAACAAUAUCAAUCAAUCAGCAACCGUGGAACACCUACACUUUGGGACAGGUUGCAAUCCACAUGGCCUGCCUUCUAUGUUGAGUAUUGGUUGAAAACUUGUCUUCCUUGUUGCUCUUCCUGAGGCAGCU